UUAAAUGUCAUGUUUCGCUUAUAAAAGCGUGGCGCUGACAUAGCACGAGUUAGAGGGUCGUCUCCCACAGGGGGUGGGUUCAAUGCUCCAAUAUGUUGCAGUAAUAGUUACAUGCUUUUCAAUAGAUGCUUGCUGGAAAUGACACAUGACAACACAUUGAAAUAAAGGCAGAAUGAAAUGCAAACUCCCAAAUAAUACAGGUUACAGGUGUACAUGUGGGGGGCAUGAACAUGUUUCGGAAAGAAUAAAAAUGCGGAUUUAACAGAGCGAGUUUAGCACAGCGUUUAUUUGGUAUUUUUAGAUGUUUUGGAGGGAUCCGGUGGGGUCGGUGUUGGUUUCGUGGGUGGAAAACGGCUGAGGAUAUGUUCGGAGACGAGGAUUGAUUUGUUUCACCUUACUAGGAAGUGAGUGUUGUGUCCGGGAAGGGGAGGGACUCCGACAACAAGUCUGGGGCGCUGCUGCUGCUGCUGCUGCUGCGCUACUUACAAGGCUGCACCAGUGCAACGUUUUAAUCCGAAAUACUCGAUUCCAUGCUUUUUUGUUUAAGAAACAAAGAGUCACGCUAUAUAUUAUCGCAUUUUUUAAAUAUUUGUUAAAAAGCGCGGUUUUUCUGCACGGAUCGACCCGGCCCCGGCCUGGCCUGCAAUGCUCUGCAUGUGCAAAGGGAAAGAAAGCCUUUAGCGCAGGCUAAUGGCAGUGGGGCUUAUUGCUGCCACGAACGUACGUCAAGUUGUCCGUGAACUUUGUCACAUUUCGGAGCCAUGUUCCGCCUGGUGAGAAGCGGCAGGAGAUCGGCGGUAUCUGCAAUCGGCGGGGGGCGAAGAAGCACCGACGCACUUUCAGGAGUUCAUCCGGUUGCGCGGCGCUUCAUCAUAGAUAUGUCCUACUCAGCGCACUUCAUGGAUUUUAAAGGAUCCUCCAUAGCGAGCAGUAUGAAAAAGCUGGUCGUAAACAAGCUUAGUCCGAAUUUCAGAGACGCCGUUUCUAUGCAAACCGUAGCUGUUCCGACACCCGGAGACGCGGACUUGCUCGUCAGAAAUCGUUUUGUGGGAAUCAACGCCUCUGAUAUUAAUUACUCUGCAGGCCGUUACGACCCCUCGGUGAAGCCCCCCUUCGAUGCCGGUUUCGAGGGUAUUGGUGAGGUUGUUGGCCUCGGCCUUAGCGCCAGCUCCCGUUACACCGUGGGGGACACUGUGGCCUACUUCGGCAGCGGUGCGUUUGCCGAGUACACGGUGGUGCCAGCCAAGGAAAGUGUGCCUGUCCCCGCGGUGAAGCCAGAGUUCCUCACCCUACUGGUCAGUGGCGCCACAGCCUACAUCGCCUUGAAACGUCUGGGCGACCUGGCCAAAGGUGAGACGGUCCUGGUCACGGCGGCUGCUGGAGGAACGGGACAGUUUGCUGUGCAGUUUGCCAAACAAGCUGGGUGUCACGUGAUUGGGACCUGCUCGUCAAACGAGAAAGCCGGUUUCCUCAAAUCCAUCGGCUGCGACAGGCCGAUCAACUACACCUCAGAGGACCUGGCCAAGACGCUGAGGAAAGAGUACCCACAAGGCGUAGAUGUAGUCUACGAGUCAGUCGGAGGCAGCGUCUUAGAACUCGCAGUGAACUGUUUGGCCCAAAAAGGUCGGCUGAUAGUGAUCGGCUUCAUCUCGGGGUACCAGACCGCAUCAGGGAUCCCACCCUUCAGAGGGGGGACACUACCGGUCAAGCUGCUCCAGAAGUCGGCCAGCAUUCGGGGUUUCUUCCUGCCCCACUUCCUCAGUGACUACAGGGAGGCUCUGGGGAGCAUGAUGCAGAUGAUUGCCAAGGGGAAGCUGGUGUGUGAGGUGGAUUGUGGGGAUUUGGCACAGGAGGGGAAGUUCGUAGGUUUGGAGUCAGUCUUCCGGGCUGUGGACUACAUGUAUGCUGGGAAAAACCUGGGCAAAGUGGUGGUGGAAGUGACACCGCCCCCUGUUAGUAAUAGCAAGCUGUGAUUUAACUGAGCCUCAAUGUGCACUGGGUUCAUACAAAGUCUUGAACGUUUGGGAAAUGUUUAAUUCUAGCCCUUUAUGUGUUCUCAAGGUUAGGAAUGCUUGAAUUUUAUAUAUAAUAUCCUCUCCUUCCAAAAUGAUUCAUUUUCAACAUGAUCUGUUCAAUCAACUUUGCAAACCAAAAAUCUUUUAAUAUUUGAAAUGAAUCAUUCCCUCUACUAUAUUUGUUUUUUGUCAACUGGUGUCUCACACCAGACAGGCUAUGCUAGCUAAUAGCUACAUAGUCCUGUUGAUCCCUUAUUCUGGAAAUUUGCAAGAAAAUAAUAAAACAUAAUGAAAUCAUACAAUCAAAUUGUCAAUAUACAUUGAUUCUGCAGAUUAAGAUAAAGUGAUAAAGGCUUUGAAAGUCUGGAUUUUUUUAGGUUAGGGGCUUUAAAAGUCUUUGAAUUUUACUCUUAAAAUGCUGUAAGAACCCUGUGCACAAAAAAUACUUGAACUUUAAUGGCAAAAUGGACAACUGCAAUGCUUUCCAUAAUUUUGAAGAGAGAUGUCUUUAUUUUUGUAAGAUGAUUAAUAUAACACUAUAAGUAAAUCUAAACAAUGUGUUCACAAAUAAACAUAAUGAGCAACUUUA